AUGGUCUUUCAACUAUUUGCAACUACUGCAGAUAAUUUCAAUGCAACCAACAACCAAACAAGCGCAAUAUGUGAUGCCUCUUUUUUCAAUUCAACAUGGUCAAGAGAAUUUCCUGGACGAGUUGACUAUUCACUAUGUCCAGAUACUUGGGUUGCUCUGUGUUUGACAUUUCUUCUCAUUUACUUGUCAACAAUCUUCUCAAGUGGUUUGGGAGUAAUUUGGAAGAGAAAUAGUGGUCACAUUCAAGCAAGAAGUCCAAUCUACUUGUUUUUCACUCUAUUUUCUGCCUUUAUAUUCAUCUUUGGAAUGACCAUGAGAUUUAUUGUGGGGAGAAAGAUAUUUCCAUGUGGAUUGGUUACAAUUUUCUUCUUUACAUUUCCUCAAGCUGUGACAUUGCCAACGAUUUUUAGAUUGAUGAGAACUUUUCUCAUGCACAAGAUUAAUUUACAAAAAACCAAAUUAUUUGAUGUUGAUGUAAAUAAGGGACAAGUCAGAGUUGAUCAAUCUCAAUCAGCUCUAUCUGAAACUAUGAGUAAAACAGAGUUAAAGUUGGUUGACUCAGAUAUUAGCAGUGAAAUGUCAUUGACAAAUGUGGAAUUGAAUGAAGGAAAUGAAGAUGGAGACGUUUCAAACUCUAAAAUCGAAUUUAAAAACUUGUCAGAUGUAAAGAAGGAAAUGAGAAAAUUGAAUAUUUACAACUUUUUAAUUAGUUACAAAUUCAUCACUGUUGUGUACAUUCUUGCAUUUGUAUUUGGAAUUUUACUUUGGGUACUGAUUGGAGUGGUGGAAGAGGUUGUUUAUCAAAAAGAUCCAACUAAGGGGAGAAUAUUCCUAUUAGAAGGAGGUAUUCUAUUGUUUGAGCAUGGCUGUGGAUUGUCAACCAAUACUACUAUCAUUAUUGGAGUUGAAUCAAUUGCCUAUAUUAUUUUAGAGCUGGUCUUUUUCAUCUUGUGUCUGAUGGCUGAUAGAGAUUCAUGGGGAAUUAAGAAGGAGAGUCUUGCUCUAAUAUUCUUUCAAAUUGUUGCUGCAGUUCUCUUCAUUGUAUGUGGAUCCAUUAAUGUGAUUAAGAAUCUUGUGGAUUACUAUGUACCUUAUGGAUUUCUCAUUUGGGGAUACAUGCUUUUAGAGGUGAUUGUUUGUGUUUCAUUACCUGUUCUAUACUCUAUAGGAAAAGAGAAGAAACAUCAAGAAUCGGGUGAUACUGGGUUUGAAAGAUUAUUGAAAAACAAAAAGACAUUUGAUAUUGUUCUUGAUUUUGCUAGAAGAAGCUACUGUACUGAAAGUGUUCUAUGUUGGAGAGAUAUUGAACGAUACAAAAAGAGUGGAAAGGGAAAUAGAAAGAAGAUUGCUCUCCAUAUAGUCGAGGCCUAUUUAUCACUGGAAGCUCCUUUAGAAUUGAACAUGCCAAAAAUUCAAGAAAGAAAACAAGAAUUAUCUGCGAUUAUUGAGAAUGGAAGUUUAGAGUUGGACCUUUUUAAUGGAAUUCAAGAACAUUGCCUGCAUGAUAUGAUAGAUUUAAUGGAUAGAUUAUCAAGUGCCAAUAAGGAAAUUUCUGAAAUAUUGAGGAAUAGCAAAUAG